AUGGAAAGUUCUGAACAUGAACCAAAAUGGUAUGAGCGUAGCAAUGAAAGUGGUGACAAUGCUCGCUUCAAAUAUAUGGGAAGAUGUUGGCUUGACGAUAUUAUCGAGCUGACCAAAAGAACAACUCAAAAAAGAACAGGAUUCGAUAAAUUUAUUACCAACGCCAAAGUACGUGCUUUUCAAAAAGCACAAGCAGUUCCUGACCAAUGGUUAACUAAGUCCAUGGCAGAUUAUCUUUACGAUUAUGAAACAAGAAAUUUUGCAAUGGAAGAGGGGAUUGAUAUGCGUUCUAGCCCAGGAGAUAUGAAAGUUUUUAAACUGUCAAAAGGAAAAGAACCAUCUAUGGUUGAAAAAGUUCGUGAUAGUGAUGAAAUUAGAAUUCGUACAAAUUUAAAAGAUUUAACUAUGUACGUGUAUUUAACUACACAUUUUAAAGAGUCAUUGAUAACGCAAUGGUACCAUAUGGGUCACAAAAGCGUACCAACCGAUUCGGAAGAUAAAAAUAAUAUACUUUAUGAAAAUCGAAUGUUAGGUAGUGCUCGAUUAAAGAUGAUGCGUGUUACCGGAGAUAGCUGCAAAGUGAGUAAGAUGUUUGAAAAGUAUCAACCUUAUUGCUUCGAUUAUUAUACAAAAUUCUAUCAAGAUGAUAAAAUGUUUCAAGGCAAAGAAAAGGAAUCAUGGGAACACAAACUGGAAAAUGGUUCUUCUAUUAGUGGAAUAUUUGGUGACUACAAUGCACAAGGAUUUAUUGAAGAUGUUAACGCAGAUAAUAUUGACAGACUUGAUGACUUACAAUCAAAUCAUUGGAUUCAGCGAGGAACUCGUGCAUUAACAACACAGUUUACAGUGUUUAAUGUAAACUUAAAACUAUUUUGUAAUAUUAUAUUGACUUUGGAAAUUCCACCUACUGGAGGUAUAUUUCCAUCGUAUAAAUUCAACACGGUAAAAUUAAUAUCUUAUUAUGAUCCGUGGGAUUACUUCAUAUUAGGCCUUGAAGGUGGUUUGGGAUUGUAUUUCAUAUAUUUUUUAAUCCAAACAACACGCGAAAUGGCACUUUUUGGAUGGAUAUAUUUUUUAUUUUCAUGGCAUUAUUUAGAUGUAUUAAUAAUUGGUGGACUUCUCGGUAUAAUAAUUUUAAAGAGUAUGUUAGAAAUUAAAAUGCGCCAAAUAUUUCGUGAAACAGAUCUUACGAUAGAAAAUCCUUAUAGAAAAGCAUUUACAAGUUUUGAUACAGUUUCAAAUUUACGCAUUGCUCAUGAUCAUUUAUUUGGUACGUGUGCAUCAGAGAUGGCUUAUUUUAUAGCUCUUGUAGGUUUUUUCUUUCUGGCAUUUGCUGAAAUGGGAACUUUAAUGUUUGGAAUGGGCAUGCCAGAAUAUAGUACGUUAGGAAAUGCAUAUUUGACAUUACUACGCAGUAUUGCUGGUGACACUCAAUUUGACGAAUUGCAACAGUUUGAUACUAUUCUGGGACCUCUUUAUUUGAUUACAUUUCUAAUAUUCGUUAUCAACAUUGUGCUGAAUGUAUCAGUUUCUAUAUUAAAUGAAGCAUAUUUACAUAUGACACGGUAUGGUUUAAGACAUAAGGAAACAAACUUGAACACGAUACACUAUUUGAAACGUGCAAGAUAUAAUAUAUUUGGUUCUGGUAAGAAGAGUGUUCUCUUUAGAAAACCCACAGCAACGGCUAAAAUGUAUGACAGCGAUAUUAUAGAACUACUUCUCGAUCAUGGCUUCAAUCCUGCUGAGAUUCAUGCAUUUAUGGCAAAGUAUAAAUUGAAACAAUACAAAGUGGCACAUCAUUUGUCAAAGCGACGUCAGGAAAAACUUGUUCAAGAUAUUAAAUACAUGGAAAUGAAUUCUUAUGUCCCUAUUGAUUUCUUUCUGAAUUCGGCUAAACAAUUAAAACUACUUGUCGAGAAAGGAGAAAAGGAAGUUGUUAAGAAAAUGCAGGAACAAAAUACAAAACCGGAAGAUUAUGCAAGGAUAGCGAGAAGAUUAGAUAGCUUAGAUGAGCGAUACGAAAAUGUUUACACACGAAUGAGAAGGUUACAUCGAUUAUUGAAACCAAAAAGGGGAGCUUAA